AUGGCGUCUGAGACUGACAGCAGCUCCUUGCCCUCGGAGCGCCCUUACCGCUCUCACCUUCGCCCGGCCUGCCUGGCCUGUCGGAAGCGCAAGUCCCGGUGUAACGUCGACAAGAAUGGAGGAACAUGCCUGACUUGCCGAGCUCACGGAACACAAUGCGAGUUCCCACCGGCUCCCGGUGGAGCCUCGCCGCGGCCGAAGUCUGCUUGGAGAAACGCCCAAGCCAGCAGAUCCAAGGACCUGGGCCACCGCCCGUCUCCGCCACCACAGCCUCCGGCUCAGACGUUCCCCUCGGAGCUCCAGUACGACGACCAGACGAAUCAGCUCCCGUUGGCCGAGGCAGACCGGCGAGUGUCAAAGUCCUCAGAAGGCCAUCCUCCCAUAUUCUCACCCCAGAACAAGCGGUACUCGGAACCCAUUGGCGAUGGCGGAGAAGAUGAGGCACAUAUUGUGGGACCAGCAGACAUUGAGGAUACCCAAGUCUUGUCAACCUACCUGUCCAAUGAUUCGUCUGUUUUGAAUCGGAGUAGGAUAUCGGUAACGAGCCCACGGCAAGAGCACGGAGGCGGCACAAGGAAACCCGUUGUCUUUACCACAGUGAGAAAGCAGCCUAUCGGUCUUCCUGACGACCGGAACCCAGCAUUCUUGAAGUGUCAGAUGAUUGAGAAACUUCUUGAGCCAAUGCUAUCCGGUGUUAUCGAUCUACAGUCCUUUGAGAAACGGUUUACAGAGGAUAGGAGACACAUCUCGCCAGCCUUGUUGGCCUCGCUUUACGCGCAUACAAUGACCUACUGGGCACAGUCCCCCGAACUCGUCACCCAACACCGCCCCGACACUAGGUUCAUUUGGAACCAGGCCAAUGAUGCCCUUUACUCGGAGAUACAUCUGUCACCAGGCAUCUCGACUUUGCUAGCCAUCCUUCUGAAUAUCUCCGGUCGGCCAUUGACUUCGAUCAUCGGGAACGGCCUUCAGCUUGGCUCCGCUAUCUCUCUAGCUCACUCGCUCGGCCUGAACCGAGACUCUUCCGAUUGGGAUAUACCAGAAGCCGAGAAGCUCCUGCGAACAAAGAUCUGGUGGGCCAUCUUUGUGUAUGAUAAGUGGUCGAGUCUGGCGUACGGCACGCCGCCGCAGCUCAGGAGCGGCCAGCACGACGUUUCCAUUCCCACAGCAGAGCAACUAUGCGGUCCGGCACCAAAUCCUGUCGACUACGAAGCAACGUCUGUAUACUUGGCAUUUGUCGCUCUGGCCCGCUUUCUCGACAGUUACCUAGAGCGCAUCUACGAUCUUGAGAAGACCUCUGCCGCCGGCCCUUGGGAUCUAGAAGUCUUGCUGACACAGUGGGAGGACUCACUCGAUAAUAACAUACGGCGAAGAAUUAUCCGUGGAGGCGAGAGUCUUGACAUACCAGGCUCAGCGAACCUACGUCUCGCGUAUCUCUACAUCAGACUUUUGCUCCGGAAGUGGGAACUAGACGCCGAGAAGGCAGCCAACGCCGACCACACAUCCUCGAUCCCCAUGCGCUGCUAUCUUGAAGUACGACGGGCCGCUGAGGAGAUUGUGCUUCUGGUUCAAGAGCUCAAAGAUCCCCAGCUUGGAGACUACUGGCUCCCACUUCUCACCUUCGCGUUCACGUCCACCACCAAGUUCCUCCUUCGCUGCGCUUUAGAGACCGAGAAUACCGUCAGCGGACUGGCGCAAAGCAUGUCGCUGAAGCUGGCACGCGACCUCAUUAAUUCACUGCAGGUUCAUCGCCAAAAAGCCUGGGACGUUGGUGACUUAUGCAUUGCGCAGUACUCUGAGGUCAUUGAGAAGCUUGCCACGUCCACAUCCAGCGCAGAAUUCCCCGAGCAGCCAGUAGAUAUGCCCGAGCUUCAAGAGUAUGUGUCAACAAGUGUGCCUGAUAUAGAUGAGCUCUUCCCUAGUCUAUGGGACAUGUUCGGCCAGUAA